CCUGUCUGACGCCAAGCGUCCGUCCCUACUACGUUCCACGGUGCUCCCUCCUCCUCGCCCUAGUCCUGCCCCCUCCACCGAAAUCGAUGCUACUCGCGGAUCGCGAGUUCAGUCUGCGACUGGCAACCGCGCGUGUAACAUCGUUUCUUCCUUGUCCCUCUCUAAACGCUCUCCCGCCCCCUUCUGCUCGUCGCAUGUUGUAUCGCGUGAGUUUUUGAGUUACAGGAGAUUAAAAAAAAAAAAAGAGCGAGGAUUAUUCAGCGCCGCGAAAAUUUCGGUGCACCGACUAGGACGAUUUCGCGAGAGGAGAGAGGAAACGUGAGAUAAGGUGAGAGAUAAGAUGAGAGCCGAUGUCGUGUCGGUGACGAUCUUCCAUCGUCAGAUGCAUCAUCAUUGCGCACUACCGGACCGAUCUUGAGGCGGUCUCGGAUGUGCAGCGACGCGAAGGAUAACGAUUCGGGACAGACUGUACUUUUACGCCGGCAGAACUGCUGAUUCUCGCUAUUUGUCGAAUGUUCUGAUGAAGUCAUCACUCAACGAAGAACAUGAAGACCGAUUAUUUAUCGAUAAUCGUUAAGUUCUGUACAUUGCUGAUACUGUUUGGACCAGUCACGGAUGUUCAUUCACUCGAUAUACGAUCAUGCAACCAGUCCUUGGGGAUGGAAUCGGGUGACAUACCGGAUUCAGCUAUCACUGCAUCCUCGUCGUAUGUGACGAACGUCGGACCGCGAAAUGGCCGACUCCGAAAGGAGACCGCCGGCGGGGCUUGGUGUCCAAAAAGCCAAAUAGAGAAAGGGGUUCGUGAGUGGCUUCAAGUUGACCUGCAGAGCGCUCACGUCGUUACCGGUGUGCAGACACAGGGCCGUUACGAUCACGGCCGCGGACAGGAAUACGUCGAGGAUUACACUGUAGAGUAUCGACGUCCCGGCUUCACUCGAUGGCGCCGAUAUAAGCGUUGGGACAACAACGAGGUUUUAGUCGGCAAUAGCGACACCUCUACCGUUGUAACGCACAAUUUGAUUCCACCCAUCUUUGCCAGUCAAAUCCGAAUUUUACCACACUCGGAACACAGACGUACGGUUUGUCUUCGCAUCGAGCUCAAAGGAUGCCGAGACACGAGCGGUGUCAUGAGCUACACUAUACCAGAUGCUUCCCUACCGGAGUUUAGUGACAUCUCGUACGACGGUAAGAGGCAGAACAACUUGCUGACCGAUGGUUUGGGUUGUCUAAUCGAUGGCGAGGUCGGCGCGGAUAAUUACAGACUGGACAUGGGAAAUGGAAAAGGCACGGGUUGGGUUGCUUGGCUUCGUGACACUUUCCCAGAGAACUUUGUGGAGCUCAUCUUCGAGUUUGAAGCCAUGAUGGUCUUCGAGGCGGUACACAUCUAUACCAACAAUUAUUUCUCACGGGACGUUCAGGUAUUUUCGAAGGCGGAGAUAUGGUUCAGCACCGAUGGCGAGAUCUAUGAAGACGAGUUCAUGCCCUAUUCCUAUAUACCGGACGUCGUGCUGGAAAACGCUCGAAACGUUUCAAUCGGUCUACACGAACGGCAGGGAAGACUUAUCAAAUUGCAUCUGUACUUCGCCGCACGAUGGAUCAUAAUCGGCGAAGUGACAUUCGACGCAACAAAUCCCUACGAAAACACUACGGAAGAAGCGGCGUCCGAGUUCAGCAACCAAGAGAUUCCAGUCAACCCCGAAGUGGAUCUCAACUUACAAACGAUUACAGCGCCAGGAGACGGCCAAGAAUAUCUGGAGGUACUGAUAGGUGUCCUCACUGCCAUUAUAUUGCUACUCCUGCUGGUCUUCUUCAUUAUCCUUUUUUUAAAUCGGCGGCAAAAACUGCAGAGUUCCCCGACGGUGUUAAAAAAUCCAUUUGGUUUCGCCAUAAAUAUGAAGGGUCUUCUCUUGAACUUAACACCCGGUGGGAUGCUGGCAGCGGAAACUGCCAAUCAUGUUUCACCUGAUAUACCGGAGGAUGUUAGCAUGCACGAAUCACUCACGAUGGAGCAAUUUAACUCGCCGCUCGUUAGUCCCCAAUACAAAUCCACAUACGCGAUCGUAGCCAAUUCCGAAUCCCCGAAGGAUUUCAAGAAUAUAGAAAUUUCGGAAGAGAAUGUACGGCUGGACGCGAGACCGGAAUCCGCGGUCGGUCCAUCCAGCUGUUCCUCGUCACCAACCAACUCGCCGGCUCGUCACUCUCAACAUUACAGAACCCUUCAAAGUUAUAGCAGUCCAACUAGGAAACUCAAUAUCGCGGUUACGCCCAAUCACCAAAGGGACGUCGAUCAGGUUCACUCGAAACGCUGGCAUACAGCGCCAAAGGAGAAGCACAAGAUACCAGCACCUGUCGUCAGUUGGAACAUCGCACCCAGCAUGAACAAGCCGUACAAGUGCAAGGAGGUAGAGCCAACCAAUAUACCACGUCAGUGCCUAAGAACGACAGAGAAACUUGGCUCGAGAACCAUAGGAGAGGCUAUAAUUUGCGAAGCUGUUGGUCUAGACGAGAUCGUAUCUGGCGCACCCAGAUUAGUCGUCGCUCGCGUGCCCCUGUGUACCAGCGACAUUCGAAUUAACAACGCAGUAGACCAGAUGAGGGAAGUGCAAUUUCUAUCGUGUUUAUCCGAUCCGAAUGUGGCACGUAUCUUAGGGGUCUGCACUGUCGAACCAGCGCCGUGGACGAUCAUCGAGUACACGGAGCUCGGUGAUCUCGCUCACUAUCUUCAAUACAGUGUACCGCUCACGGGAACGCUCAGGCCAAAUUGCAAUCUAAAAGCUCUUAGUCAAAGUUGUCUGCUAUAUAUGGGAACGCAGAUAGCGUCAGGAAUGAGAUUCCUCGAAUCGAAGAAUCUGGUGCACAAGGACUUGGCGGCCAGAAAUUGUCUGGUGGGCCGUUCCUACACCGUGAAAGUGACCGAUAUAGCCAUGUGCAGCGAUCUUUACAAGAAGGAUUACAGCGAUAUAGGAGGUAGACCACCCGCACCGAUCAGAUGGUUACCGUGGGAAAGCAUUCUAUUGGAUAGGUAUACAUGUUCGAGUAGCAUAUGGUCGUUUGCCGUGACACUCUGGGAGGUAAUGAGUCUGGCUAGGGAAAAACCUUUUCAACAUCUGUCAAAUGAUCAAGUUAUUCAGAACGCCGAGCACAUGUAUUACGGAGCGGAGCUACAAGUACUUUUACCGAAACCAACAAUGUGUCCGGAGGAGGUCUAUCGGAUGAUGUGCUCAUGUUGGAGAAGAGAUGAAACAUCGCGACCAACCUUCAAGGAUAUCUACACGUUCCUGAAGAAUAUAAUAGCGGACUAUCGACCUGGUGCAUAAGUAAUCUUAGUUAACUGUGAUACGGAAUGAACUGAACGGCUAAUCUCCAGAAAUGUGAAUGACACAUCGUCGGAAAUAUUUCGUGUAAGACGAAACGUCGACAUGAGCGUCGUACUCGCCGGGCAUGAUGCCUCGCGCGAAGUCAGAUUCUCCAGAAAUGUACAAUCGUUAGUUUUAGAUACGGAGACGCUAGAUCUCGUGCGUCUCCCUCCUUGCGCAGAAAAAAAACUCGACAAACAAAAAAAUCUCGUGCCGAGUUUAGUCACGAAAGCUCAGCAGUGAUCGAAAAUGAUCUCCCGCAGACUUUUAUCGCGCGUAAUCUGUCAUCCAGAUAAAAUAAAGCAAUGUCUCGGCGAUAAUGUCUCGGAGCGCGAAAUGCCAAACGAGCACGAAGGCAGAUGUAUAAUUGACGUAUAAGUGUUAGGUUUGUUUUCUUCAGAUAAUCAAGAUCGAUAAUUUCGCUCUUCUUCAACUCGAGUGUAUAAGUCGCGCGCGUCACUUUUGUCUGGACGUUUGAUGAGAUUUCGUUUUCUAGUCAAUACAAAUCUUUUAAUUUUCACGAAAGUGCUAUCGUGUACAGUAUUCUAACAUUAAUAAUAUGUAAUGUACGCUACUAUGCUCAGUACUGAUAAAGUCUAUCCAUUUGUACAUAUAAAUUUAGGUCUUAAUGCUAGGUAAAUGGGAAAUUUUUACGGCAGUAAGUGUCACGACGGCUGCUCUCCCUUUCUUUUUUUCCUUUCCUUUCAUCCACACUUUAAAAAUUGUUACGUUUAACUCUUCCAUUUUAAGUCUGACAAGACGAUACGCGAAAAUUGCGCUAAUAAUUUUCUUUUCCAUCUUAAGUCGCAAAUAUAAUUAAAAUUAAGUUAGCUCAAAUGUAAAAAGUAGUAUUCGUAAAAAUAGAAUCGAGCAAUAUUUGAAAAAGAGUUAGAUGUUUGGUCGAUCAAGUCGUGAGAUAUAAUUUUAGCUUACCGUCUUACUACGCCCUAAAAAUUUCGGCUUAGUCAACUUGUACAUUCGAAGCCCAGUAGAAAGUACUUAUUAUUCCAUCGUUCGUUUAAGUUGGAAUUGUACUAUAUUGUACUAUGAUAAGAGGUGUAGAUUUCAAGUAUGUUCUUCCCAAGGACGUAAUGUGAACACAUAUCUACGUUCGUUUUUAUUUGAGAACAGAAAAGGAUGCUGGAAACAUCUAGCAAUCGUGCUUUGGAAGGAAUCAAUAAAAAUUUAAACAAUGCCAUAUAUUUGUUGGAAUUUCAAAUUACGGACGCUUGAGCGUAUCGACGGCAGCAAUACAAAAUAAAAGUAUUAAUAAAAAGAUAAAGAAUAAUGAUGAACAUUAUACAUGGACUUGUCUAUAAAAUAAUUUUAUUUAUCUGUACGAUUAUGUAAUAAUCCAUUGUAAUUUCUCUUAUAAUAUUUUUUUAUUUAUAAUUUACAUUUUCACAUAAUCGCUGUUUUAAAAUGUGCCAAUAAGUCGAAUGAUAAUGAAAUACAGUUUAUAAAUAUGAAAAUAA